AUGUAAUUCAGGUCUUGUUACAACCUUCUGAGGAAGAAAUUCUCAUCUGUAUAGUUUGCAGAAUCAAGUUACUUUUAGGAUAUUAAGUAAGAUUGCUAAAGAGCAUUGGUUAAUUAAAACCCUAGAGAUUCAGCUUUCAUGAUUUAGAAGAUAUACAAAUCCAUAAAUAAUAAUGAGCAAUAAUUAAAAGAUGAAAUUUUAAAUUGUCAUGUUAAUAAUAACUACUAAGGAUAGACAUAUGAUUUUCCUGAAAAUGUCUAAUCAUCAAGCGUUAAAGAUAUAAAUUAAUUUUUAAAAGACAAUAAAAUUAGUAAAAAUAUAUAACUGCUUCAUUCCCUUGCUCAUAUUGAAUAUAACGCAAUGAAGAGUUAUCUUGACACUUCUAUUAGAUUUCUAGAUAAUGUAAAAAGUGAGUAAAAAUUUGAGUUUUUUAAAGAUAUAAUGAGAGUAUCUUGUGAAGAAUCUGAACAUUUUAUUCUUUUAUCAGACAGACUAAGUCAAGAUAACAUAAUUUAUGGCGAUAUUCCUGUCCAUACAGGUCUGAUUGAUAAUGUUAAAAAUUCAAUUAACUGCCCUCUUACAAGAAUAGCUCUAAUUUCUAUUGUAUAAGAAGGUAAAGGUGUAGAUUCAGGGGAUAGACUUUUAGUUAAAUUAAUUUCAUUCUAAGAUAAAAUAGGAGCUAAAAUAUUACAAAGAAUUUUAGAUGAAGAAGUUGGCCAUAUAGGUAUUGGAAAUAAAUGGUUUUAGAUCAUUUGCAAAAAUUAAAAUAUAGACCCUAUUAUAAAAUUUAAAGAAAUAUGCUAAAAUCAUGGAGUUAAAUUCUUUAAGCCUUAUAAUAAAGAAGCUAGAAUUAAAGCUGGUUAUGAUGAAAAUUGGAUAUAAAAAAUUUGGGAAGAAAAUUGA